CGCAGCGGUGGCAAGAUGGCGGCCCCCUUAGAGCUCAGGUGCUGGGGCGGCGGUUGGGGGCUUCCGUCGGUCCACAGCGAGUCCCUAGUGGUUCUGGCUUAUGCCAAGUUUUCUGGUGCGCCCCUGAAAGUCAGUGUUAUAGAUAACACCUGGAGAGGUUCGAGAGGAGAUGUACCUAUUUUGACAUCAGAAGACAAUACUGUAUCUCAACCGGCAAAAAUACUUAAUUUUUUGAGAAAACAGAAAUAUAAUGCUGAUUAUCAGCUCUCUGCAAAACAAGGUGCAGAUACACUGGCUUACAUUGCUCUCCUUGAAGAGAAGCUUCUUCCUGCUGUGCUCCAUACAUUCUGGGUUGAGAAUGACAAUUACUUUACUGUGACAAAGCCAUGGUUUGCUUCACGGAUCCCGUUUCCACUAAGCUUGAUUCUGCCUGGAAGAAUGUCUAAAAGAGCAUUGAACAGGAUCCUCAUUACCAAGGGAGAGCCUCCUUUCUUCCACCUCAAAGAAGUAGAAGCCCAGAUAUAUAGAGAUGCCAAGGAGUGCCUAAAUCUUCUAUCAAACAGAUUGGGAACAUCUCAGUUUUUCUUUGGAAAUAUGCCUACUACCCUGGAUGCCUAUGUAUUUGGUUUUCUUGCACCUCUUUACAAAGUAUGCUUCCCUAAGGUCCAGUUACAAGAGCACCUGAAACAACUCUCCAAUCUGUGUCGAUUCUGUGAUGACAUCCUGAGUUGUUACUUUAGGCUUAGCUUUGCAGGCUUCUCUCCAGCGGGACAAGAUACAAUAGAUGCAAAUCUGCAGAAACUCACACAGCUUGUAAAUAAGGAAUCCAACUUGAUUGAAAAGAUGGAUGACAAUCUUCGACAAAGCCCUCAACUUCCUCCUCGGAAACUGCCAACUCUCAAAUUAACUAAAGCAGAUGAAGAAAGCAAUUCAUUUCAGCCCCUUUCACCCUGACAGCCAUCAUUUUCUGUGCAUGUGCUUCAGCUGCCUUCAAAUCAUUUGAAUGCCACAGUAAUCUUAUAAACAAGUGUGGUCAGGCAAAAGGAAAGCUAUUAUAAUAGGUACAAGUAAGACAAUAAGACUGAAAGUAGACCCUCUCCAUGCUGCUUGUUGCUCUAUUAAGAAGCUUGUAGUCCAGCCUGAUCAUGCUCUUAAAUGCAGUUAGGGUGAAUUUUUAAAAAGAAAAUAUAUUGUACUGUAUGAAACCAUCUUAACCUUGGCAAAAUUUUGCCUUUGGUUCAUACAUUGUUGAUCAAAAACUAUAAUUUCAUUGUUCUGAAUGUGCACUCUUAAUUUAUUCAAGUGUAUUAAUUUAAUCUCCUUCAAACAAUGUAUGUAAUACUAUAUAACUGUUUGGCUAAGGCUUUUUCCUCUGUUAAGAAACCUAUGGUUUCUCUUGGUAUUAGGAAAAGUGCAAAAACUUUCAUUAUUAAUGGAAAAUGCUGUCUUUAAAUAGCAGUUAAAAAAAAAUCUGUUUUUAAUUAAGUUAAUUAACCCAAUCUUUUUGGUGUGGUUACUGUACACAUCAAAUAUAAAUGAUGGUUUCACAUUGUAUUGGCCGAUCCAGUGCCCUUCAGGAUAAUUUUAUCACAUGCUGAUGUGUGUGCACAUUGGAGGUUAGCAAGGGCCCUGAUUAGUGUAAUGCAUCUAUACUUUUGGCUUAUCUCUAGACUCAGUGGGCGUCUAAUUUAGAUUCCAAGAGAAUUGAGUCUGUUGGUAUGGAGAUGCCAUAUCAUAUCUAACUUUGCCCAGCUCAGGAGCUACCUAGGGCUAGGGUAACAAGGGUACUGCAUGUCAAGUUCUGUAGCUACCCCAGGCUUUGCUCUAUCUAAACCAUUAUACACAAGAAGUGUAUAAUGUACUCAAAACCUUUACAACAACCAACUCAGCUGUCUCUUAGACAGCAGUUGAAAAACCCAAAGGUAUAGCUUAGAAAGCAGCUUUAAAUUUUUAAGAAUCUAUUUUAUCAUUAUUGGUUACUGAAGUGCUUAAGGGAUUCAGCCGUAAGGGCCAUUUUAUUUCCAAUUAGAAGCUUGCUUAUUCUCAAGGCUAAUGAGCUUCUUUUGUCUUAGAACUACAUCUGGGGUUUUAAAAAUAUAGCAACAUGUUUUUCGAUCAGUGUCUUAAAGAUUACUAACGGUGCUCAGUUCAUCUUGUCAAGUUCUAAUUCAGAGACCCAUAUGGCCAGAAACAGGUUUCAUAUCUAAGAGACUACUUUGUUCAUUUCAUGUUGAUUUGAGCUCAGCAGUUUCUUGAAUCCAUCCUUCCUAAACUAUUUAAUUUGUUCUAUCUUUAAGUCAAUAUUUAUGUAAGAAUCCAUAAGUUCUUGUAAAUAUUGUAUUGUCAUCUUUAAAAUUUCCUUUGUUUCUUCAGUUACUUUAGGAAAAGUAUGUUAGCUAGUUUUCAUGUUAUUAUUUAAAUAUUUGUUUCUGCUUCAUUUAUAAGUAUAGGUUUAGAUAUAACAGCAGUCAAAUCUACAUGAAUGUUUUGAAAAUCAUGAGCUUAGGAAUUUAAUGCUUGGGGAGCAUAUGUGUGACAAACAAUGAGCAGAAUUAUGAAUCACACUUUUGCUUAUGCUUUUUUUAGAAUGAACUAUUUUAGCAAGAUGUCCAGCUUUGCUUAAAGAUAUUAAAUGUCUCUGAGUAAAUGAAAAUGUUUAAAUUUCCACAAGUAUGUAGGAUAAUAUUAAUAAUGGCUUAUAUUUAGGUGGCUUUAGGGUUCACGAAAUGCUUUCAUUCAUCUCUUUUGAUAACAUACUUUUUUAUAUUUCAUAGGUGGGAUCAGGCUCAGAUAUUACUUUUAUGUGCUAAUAUCUUCAGUCAAAAGAUAUGACCUUUAACAAAUUAUUAUACUUCACAGCAAACAAGUAAACAUAAGUAUGAUUCAUUUGCUAAUUGUUCUUUCUAGCUUUGAAUGUCUUUACCCAUAACACAUGUUGAACCGCUGUUCCUAAAUCCUUUAGCUAAGAGUAGGACCUAAUAUUGACAAGUGAGGAUUACUGUACUACAGUUGUAUUUAUAUAUAUUUUUUCUCUUCAAUAGAUAUCCUUUGGCUUUAAAGAACUUUUAGUUACUUCUUUUUGGUUAUUUUUCUGUAUAAGUAAAUUUGAUAAUUCAAAGCUCAACCUAAUAGCAAGUACUAUAGGGACCACGCGUAGGAGGGAAAGGGACCAAAAAUUUGCAGAUUAAUCAAGGAUUGUAAUCAGUCUAAGUCAAUAUAUGUUUUAGACCAAGUUUGAGUUUUGGGAAAACUAGUCUUGGAACUGGAGGCCACUUUUGAAGGAAGUAGGUUAGGGAAAAUAAGAUUCAUUUGCUGGGUUCAUGUGGCUAUGAGAUGGCAUAGGUUGGUUUAAAAAAAAAAAAGUAGAGGGAGGAAGACAGACAAUACCCAGAAAACCAAGAUCCAGUGCCUUCAUGGGAUAUUUCAGAUUAAUGAUAGGGCUGUAGAAAGCAUAAUGUUUUCAUUAUCUUAGAAAACUGCUCCCUACCCCCCAAAAAAGUUUCACAUCAGCAAAUCAGAUUUCAAUGUAAAUGUGUAAAUACAAUUUGGUCACUUGGAGAUUGAAAGUUGGUUAAAUCUAAAGCCAAGUUUAUGGCCUUUCAGUUUAUAAUUGUAUUUCUGCCAAAUAUAUGACAACUUACCAGAGGCAUCUCAAGAUAUUGAAGAAAACAGCCGUUAUGCAAAAUCUAUUGAAUGCAAUGGUUCAACAGCAUUAAGGACUUUGCCCUAGGCAAAUACCAUCAACAUCGGUUCAGUUUUUAUGCUUGAUUCUAACUUCUGAAAAGGAGGUGGCAGAACCAAUGUGUAGUCAAGGACAGUCUGAAGAAGUAGAUCAUUUAUAUCAGCAUUAGGAGAUUAUUGUCUAGAGGCUUCUGCUUGAAGGAAGAAUCUGUAUCCAGAAUUCCAGAAUAGAAAACUUUUAUUAUAAUAACAGGAGAUGGGAAAAUCUAGCUUGGCAGAACCAAGGAGCUACAGUUUGAGUUAAACUAGGCCUUUGUCAUUUUAUCAUGGAACUGUCUUCCAGAUUAACUCUGUUGGUCCAAAUUGGACCAGUAGACACAAUUAUCAUAGACACUAACAGGUUCUCAUUUAAUGAGUUGUCAAACAAGAUUCAGUUCUGAGGAACUGGUAGACGGAAGAAGGGAAUAAAAGGUAAACAUGUAGUUUAAUUUAUCUGUAUUAAUUUGGAAUUUAGAUCUUUAGAUCAUUAAUUGUAUUUACAGAUAUGAAGACCUGGGAAAAAUUAAAAUUUUUUUUCAAAUUG